AUGGGCAGGGAAAACCAGACCUGGAUGAGUGAGUUUAUUCUCCUGGGGCUGUCCAGUGACUGGGGUACCCAGGUAUCCCUCUUUGUCCUAUUCCUGGCCAUGUAUGUGAUGACUGUAGUAGGAAAUUUCCUCAUCAUCCUCCUCAUCACGCUGGACAGCAGGCUUCAUAUUCCCAUGUACUUUUUCCUCAGUGUCUUGUCAUUUGUGGACAUCUGUUACACCAACAGCACUGUACCCCAGAUGCUUGUUCACUUCCUGUCAGCAUGGAAGUCCAUCCCAUUUCACAGCUGUGUCUUCCAGCUGUAUAUUUCUCUAGCAAUGGGCAGCACCGAGUUCUUCCUGCUGGGAGCCAUGGCCUAUGACCGCUACGUGGCAUUGUGCCACCCACUGCACUACACAGUCAUCAUGCAUGGAGGACUGUGCCUGGGGCUGGCCGGUGGCUGUGUGAUGGCAGGAUUCACAAAUUCAGUGAUGCAGACAGUCAUCAUCUUCCAGUUACCCUUGUGUCGCAAUGUCAUUAAUCACUUUGCCUGUGAGAUGUUGGCUGUGCUGAGGUUGGCCUGUGUGGACAUCUCCUUCAACAAGGUCAUGGUGGCCAUCUCGGGAUUUCUGGUGAUCAUGCUUCCCUGCUGUAUGGUUUUAUUCUCCUAUAGUCACAUAGUUGCUGCCAUUCUGCGCAUUCGCUCUGUGCAGGGACGUAGCAAAGCCUUUGGGACCUGUGCCUCACACCUCACUGUGGUGUCCCUGUGCUUUGGAACAGCUAUCUUCACGUAUAUGAGACCUGUGGGUGCCUCCUCAGCAGAUCAGGAGAAGAUGGUUGCCCUCUUCUAUGCCAUAGUGACACCAAUGCUUAAUCCCUUAAUCUACAGCUUGAGGAACAAGGAUGUGAUGAGUGCUUUUCAGAGAGUAUUGGAAAAGUUUGUUGAAACAAAGAGAAAGAUUUGA